AUGGCUGUAGAAGAUCCUGGGGCUUCAUCCAUUACGGUUGCAGUCCGAGUGCGACCAUUUACAAUCAGAGAAGCUGCUCAGCUGCAAAGAACCGAUGACGGCACAUUAUUUCUAGGAGACGGUUCCCUCGCCGCAGUUCCCACACCGAAACUUAAGCAAGGUGGCAUACGAUCCGUUAUUAAAGUGGUCGAUGACCGAUGCUUAGUGUUUGAUCCGCCGGAGGACAACCCCAUACAAAAAUUCUCGAAAUCGGUAGUGCCAAACGGCAAAAAGGUCAAAGAUCAAGUUUUCGCUUUCGAUCGGAUAUUCGACGAGAACACAACCCAAACGGAAGUAUACGAAGCUACGACAAAAGGUCUGCUAGACAGCGUCCUAGACGGCUACAAUGCCACGGUAUUCGCAUACGGAGCCACCGGAUGCGGCAAGACGCAUACCAUCACCGGCACAGCCCAGAUGCCCGGUAUCAUAUUCUUGACCAUGCAAGAACUGUUCGAAAAGAUUGCCGAACGCAGCGACGAGAAGCACACCGAGAUAUCCUUGUCGUACUUGGAAAUCUACAACGAGACCAUCCGAGAUUUGCUGGUCCCCGGAGGCAGCAAGCAAGGACUGAUGCUCCGCGAGGACUCCAACCAGGCCGUGACGGUUGCGGGGCUCACCAGCCACCACCCCAAGGAUGUUCAAGAAGUUAUGGACAUGAUCGUUCAAGGAAACGAAUACCGGACAGUAUCACCAACCGAGGCGAACGCCACUUCUUCGCGAUCGCACGCCGUCCUUCAGAUCAACGUGGCCCAGAAGGACCGCAACGCUUCCGUCAACGAACCUCACACGAUGGCUACGCUCAGCAUUAUCGAUCUUGCAGGUAGCGAGCGUGCCAGUGCUACGAAAAAUCGAGGCGAGCGGCUGAUGGAGGGCGCCAAUAUCAACAAGUCGUUGCUCGCACUGGGCAGCUGUAUCAAUGCACUCUGCGACCCUCGAAAGAAGAACCACGUACCUUACAGAAACAGCAAAUUGACGCGACUUCUCAAAUUCUCGCUGGGCGGCAACUGCAAGACGGUCAUGAUCGUCUGCGUGAGCCCUUCGAGCGCGCACUUCGACGAGACCCAAAACACCCUACGGUAUGCCAACAGAGCGAAGAAUAUUCAGACCAAGGUGACGCGGAACGUCUUCAACGUCAACCGACACGUCAAGGAUUUCCUCGUCAAGAUCGACGAGCAGAUGGCGUUGAUCAACGAGCUGAAGGCCCAGCAAAAAGAUGCCGAGAAGACAUUCUUCGCCAAGUUCCAGAAGCAGCUCGAAAAGAAGAACUGGUCCGUUAGGGAAGGCGUUCAGAGAAUCCAGGCGGCGUACGAGAACUCGUCGUCUGAGAGGCAAGAGAAGGUAAACCUGAUGAAGAAGCAGAGAGGAAUCGAACGUCGUAUCGGUCUCUUGUCGUCAUGGAUCGCUGCAUUCGACGCGGUUUGCGACGCGAGAGAGGAUGAAGACACGAUGCCGCCAAAUCUCACCGCCAUGCGCAAAACGGCGGUGGGAAUUCAGCUAGAACUCGAGGACAGCCGGCAGCACAUCCACCAGAAGCUGAACAAGAUGAAUUGGGAGCGCGCUAUCGACGGAGCUCUCCAGCAUAGCAUCAGCCAGCUGCCCAAGGGAGACGUGCAGAACGGCGAAGUCGAAAGUCUUACGAGAGAAGCCGAACUGUGGAAAGCUAAAUUCGCCCGCGAAGCAGACCGCGAAGUUCUCGAGCAGGAUAAAGCGGGAGACGCGGCGAUUAUGCAAGUGCUCCUUACUGCGCAGUUCGAAAUCCUCGCGUCUCUAUCGGAAACCGUAGAUAUGAGCGAAGAGGAAGCAGUCGCGCACGCUAAAAGUAUUAUCAGCCGUUUACUAGAGAUAGGUUUCGCCGCCGCCUCGCAAGUAGUUAAGCCGGACGGGGCCAAGAUGCCCGUAGAAGCAUUUCCACCGACGAAGCGCGGAACUCCGAAACGGAAGAAGACGACGAGGAUCAGCAUGGGAAAAGAUAUCAUAAAACCAAUUCCUAACCCGGCAUUAGCAGCCGUCGCAGCCUCUCAACCGCAGAUGUUCGGCUCCCCCGUGAAAGGUUCGCCUCGACGCCGCAAAGCGCUUAACGCGCGUAAGGGUGUUUCGUUUAGUCCGGCCAAGAAGAGUACGAAGCGGGCGGUUCGAUGGCGCGACGACGACGGCGAAUCGGGUACCCUAGCCGACUUCGAGAAGACGCCUCAAAAGUUAUACUCUUCGCCGGAGCGUAGCUCACCCGAGAAGGCUGUACCUGCGAUUCCCCCUGUCCCGUUUUACUUACAUAAAGAUGACGCUGCAGAUGAUUCCACCGCCGAGCUCACGAUCCCCGAGACCACAAACAUCCCGGUAGCGAAGCCUAACAGGUUCCAGGCAGGAUUUUUGUCCAAAUCUCGCACGUCUGAAAUUAACGGCUCUCCGACGGCACCCACGAUCUCCAUAAACCUGACUACCAGCACCGCCGCCGCCUCUUCGCCCGGUAGGGAGGGCCGGACUAGCCCAUUGCGUAACCUCGACGUGUCGCGAGCUGGUAACAUCAACUCCCCCAAGAUGCGGUUAUCUUCCAGUCCGAAAUCAUCUAUACCAGUUCCUCAAAGUAUGUCGUCAGACGAAAAUCACCCUCCAUCAUCCGACUCGGAGACUUCGGCCAUCAUUGACACGUCUAAGCUUCGCUCGGCAAUCCACGCCAACAAGAAACCAAGGCGCCUCUCUUCGCUAGCAGGAAGCGUGACGGGUCCGUGUGUGGUCUCUAGGCGAGUGUCCUCGAUCGGAUCCAUCGGCGGCACCUACCACCACAAGACGAGCGGUAGCUACUACGGCGGCGCCCUCGCGUCGAGCACGAACGGCAUCUCGCGAUUUCGACGCGGUAGCUCCGCGGAAAAGCACAGGAGCCCCCCCAUCAGCUGCUCGCCGCCGGACAUAGGAACCCGCGAGUCGAAGGCCUUCACCCCGGGCCAGGCCAGACGGAUGAACCUGAGCGGCAACAACGGCGCGAGAGGCGCGGGCACGCUGACCAGCCCGACGGACAGGAGGCUCGAGGCUGCGGCCGCCGGCAACCGCGGACGACGCAUUACUAUUGGUGGCGCGGGCAUGGCGGCCGUAGGCGGCGCGAGGAGGGAGAGGGGAGCUCUGGCUUGGCGAUAA